AUUGCGUCAUAAUACGAAAGGUAAAUAAACAAAACAUCCAACUUCGGAGCUACGCAUCAUCGACCACCGGCCGGCAGCUCUGAAGAAUUGUCACUGAUAUUUUAUUGCCGUAAAUUCUCAGAAAGCUGUCCAUUUUUCAUUCAUUUUCCUUUGUUCAUCCAAAAUAAAAUUAGUUCACUCUUGUAUCUAGUUGAUGUCGUGGAGUCCAUAGUUUAAAUAAUUUUCCAAGUGCUUAUUGUUCCUAGUUGCUUAAUGAUAAAUAAAUCUUUUAAAAAUUUUAAUCUGUAAAGUUAUUAUUAAGUGUUUUCAAAAAUGGCUAACCAGUUUGCCAAAGUUAAGUAUUCUCUUUAUAACACGGAAAGUUUCCAAGCUGACAGUGAUGAUGAAGUUAGUGUUAACAGUGCCAGCAAUUUGAACUCCAAUUACAUAUGCAGAAAAAUUCGGUUCUGUAAAGAAACUAAUGUGGACCUUGAGAAUUCUCCUCUCCUAAAUAGUUUUGAAGAUGAUGAUUUUGGAGCUCAUCAAUCUAUGCAACAUAUUUUAAGAGAAAAUAAUGUGCAACACAUGGAAACAUAUUUAAAUGGCCUUAGCUAUGAGGCGUGUAAAGUAGUUAUAAACACGUUAGAUGAAAAUAAGCGUGCUCCCUUGCAUUACUGUGCUCGAUACAACCUUGUUGAUGUGACUGAGUUGCUUUUAAGGAAAGGUGCUGAUGCUAAUGUAGUUGGAGAAGAUGGUUUGACACCUUUACAUUUUGCAUCUCGUUAUGGUUGCAGCAAGGUUCUAAAGCAAAUGGCUGAUGUUUGGUUAGAGGGUAUAACUGAGUCAUGUCAAAAAAUUGUAUCAUUGUUGAUUGAAAAAGGUGCUCAAGUAAAUUUUCAAGAUAUCUAUGGUAUGACACCUUUACACUAUGCUGCUAUUCGAGGAAAUACUGUUGCCACCAAGGAAUUAUUGAAAUCUCUUAAAAUAAAUACUGAGAUUGCUGAUAAGCAGGAAAUGACAGCCCUUCACUGUGCUGCGAAUUACAAUUCUCCUGAUGUUGCUAAAUUAUUGUUGAAUUCUGAUGCUCAUCCUGAGGCAACAGAUGAAAAUCUUUCUACUCCUCUACAUCUAGCUGCAACUACUGGAAGUAAAGAAAUUGUAACAUUACUAUUGAAUACUGUAGAAAGAAAUUGUGGCAAAGAACACCUGAAGAAAUAUGUAGAUGAUAAAAAUCUUAGCAAAAAUACUGCUCUUCAUCUUGCAGUUUCGAAAGGACACCAAGAAGUUGUAGAAAUGCUUUUAGAAAAAGGUGCUGAUGUAAAAAUUCACUUGGCAAACUUGACCCAACCUCUACAUUUAGCUGCUAUUUCUGGAAAUUUAGAAAUAGUAAAGCUUUUAAUCAAGCAUGGUGCUGAACUAAAUUGUGUAAACAACUUUGGGGAAACUCCAUUGCAUAGAGCAGCUGCUUACAACUCUACUGAGAUCAUAGAUUUCUUAUUAAGAAAUGGUGCAGAUAUUGAAAAAAGAGAUAAUUCACUUUUUACACCACUUUUAAGUGCUGUUGAAGAAGGCCAUGUAGAAACAAUUAAAAUGCUUUUGAAAGCUAAUGCUCGUGUUGAUGUGGUGGACAAUAUGGACAGAUCUGUGAUAUUUUGGGCUUCCCAAGAAAAUCACCCAAAAGCAUUAAAGUUACUUUUGAAAGACCCAAAAGCUAGUAGUUUUAUUGACCGGUGUGAUCAUUAUGACAACAGCCCACUCCAUAUUGCAACUCUUAAGGGUUUUCCUGCUAUAACACAGAUUCUCUUAGAAAAUGGUGCUGAGAUUGAGAAAAAAAAUGAACAUGAACAAACUCCUUUACAUUUGGCAGCAAAAAAUGGACACAUGAGUGUAGUUGAAUUACUGAUUAAACAUACUAAAACAAUUGUUAACACAGAAGAUGAAAAUGUCAAUACCCCUUUACAUCUAGCUUCACUGAGUGGACAUUAUCGAAUAUCUCAUGCUUUACUGAAUGCUGGUGCAAAUAUUGAAGCAAGCAACUGCUACCUGUGGACUCCUCUUGCUUGUGCUGCUUCAAUGGGAUGGAAGAGAUGUUGCCAAAUUCUUUUAAAUGCUGGAUCUUUUGUUGAUUCACUUGAUAAAACAAAAGCAACACCAUUACAUUUAGCUGCCCGGGAGGGACAUAAAGGAGUUGUGAAGUUGUUAUUGAAGUUCAAUUCUAAUAUUUCCCACUGUGAUAAAAAUGGAAAAAAUUGCUUGGAUUUAGCAAUUGAUAAAGGUCAUGAUGAUGUUGCUUUAGAAAUCUUGUCAGAUCCGAAUUGGGAAACAGUACUUCGUAACGAAUCAGAUACUAACAAAUUUUCUAUGCAUCAAACUCCAUUGCGUAGACUGAUUCGUUACAUGCCUGAUGUUGCUUCUUAUGCACUAAGCCGAUGCAUAUCCACAAAUGAGCUUGCUGAAGAUGAUCCUGAUAUGGAGAAAAUUUACAAUUAUGAGUUUCUUGAUGAUAUGUUUGCCUGUUAUAGACCAUAUUUAUAUGAUGGUAUGGAUCGAAAUGAUGACAAGUCUUCUCAAUCAGGAACUAGUAUUCUGACUGGUUCAAAUAUCUAUGACGAUGAUGGAACAGUAAAAAAGAAUGUCAUUCCAUACACAUUUGAUAAAGAAGUUUUGAAGUACAAUCACCCUUUAAUGCUAAUGGUAUCUUAUGGGAGAGAAGAAUUGUUGAAACAUCCAUUAUGUGCUAGUUUACUUAGGCGCAAAUGGAAAUACUAUGGUCGAUAUGUCUACUACAGUAAUUUGUUUGUUUUUAUACUAUUUUUAAUGAUUUUGACAACCUAUGUAUUGACCUCUGUUCCACCAUGUUCUAUCUCUGAUGAUGAGGAAUUUGAUUCUAAAUGUUGUACAAACCAGAAUUAUACUUGCCAGCCAUUUAUUGGAGAAUGUGAUAGAGACAUGAAUCAAGCUUUCCCCAACUUCUGUAAAAAUUUUAUUUAUAUACUUGCAGUUUUGCAUUUAUUAAAAGAGAUUUUCCAACUGUAUCAAAAUGGGAAAAGAUAUGCGAAUUUAGAAAAUUGUUUGGAAUGGUCCUGUUACUUAAGUGCAUUAUUAUUUGUGGCUGAUUUCACUGAGUGCUCUGUUGAAAGUGGCAUUCGUGAAGUCUGGCAAUGGGAACUUGGAGCAAUAUCAAUAUUUACAGCUUGGAUGGUUUUUCUUAUAUUUAUCAGCAAAUUUCCUUUUCUGGGAAUUUAUGUAAUAAUGUUCUUCGAAAUCUUAAGUACUUUUGUCAACUUUUCAUUUGUUUUCUUUCUCUUUGUUGUUGCAUUUGGCCUUGGAUUUUAUAGCCUUCUUCAAAAUCAGAGUCCUUUUGAAAAUCCAGGAAAAGCUAUUCUUAAAACUGGAGUUAUGAUGAUUGGUGAAAUUGAAUUUGAUGCCAUUUUUAAUAAUUCUGAAAAUAAUCUAUAUUUUAGCGGGCCUACAUAUGCUUUAUUUGUUGCCUUCAUGCUCAUAAUGGCUGUAAUUAUUAUGAAUCUCCUAGUUGGUCUGGCCGUAGAUGAUAUAAAAGGUGUUCAAGAACAGGCUGAACUUAAACGAUUAGCCAUGAAAGUAGAACUUGUGUUAACAGUUGAACGUACUCUGCCUGUUGUUCUCUUAAAGAAAUGCAUUUUUAAAUAUAGAAAAAUUUAUCCAAAUAAGUGGAAUUCAAUUCCUUGGUAUUAUCGAAUUUUUAAAGUAAAACAAGUUCCACCAAAUGAUCUAUCUAAACAGUCACCUCUUCAUGAUGUUGAAGAAAAACAGAAUAAAUUGAUAAAGCAAAUGAAAGAAUUGCAAGAUUCAAUUCAUCAAAUUCAGAAAGAUAUUAAAAAUUUAAUAGCAAACAAUAAAAAUUCCAAAGAUAUAUAAGAACUCAAAUUUGUGUCUCGUGUGUCUAUGUCUUUUUCUGGACAUAUGUUAUUCAAAGUAAUUUGGGAUGUCAUAAGGUUAUUAUUUUUAUAAUGAUUUUUAUGGUGCUUUAUAAUGGUGCUUAUAACACAUUUCAUUUUGAUAUAAACUGGUUUUGGCAGCUCUAUUUUCUUUUAGCUAGUUUGAAAAUUUUAAACUUUCUUUUAUUAAAUUAUUUAAUUUAAUUUAUCUUGUAAUAUUUUAUUUUAUUCUAAAAAAAGUUUUAGUUCUGUAAUUUUAAGUAAUUUUUGUUAUAACUACAAAAUGGAAACUUAAUUAUUUUUCUUGUGAAAGUGAAUAUUAUUUUUCGUUAUGUAAACAAAUAUAGCUUUAUGUUCAAAUUCAAAUAUUUCAAGAAAAAUUUAUAUUGAUUUUAUUUUAAAAAUUUAUAAAAUAAUUUCUAUUAUCUUAAUAGUGUAAUAGUUUUUCCCAAAUCAUUUUUUAAGACAAGCAGAAAAUGCAGCAUAAAUACAUCCAGCUUAUAUUUUGAAGCUCAUUAGUAUCUGAAUUAUUAUUGUGCCCUUCUAAAUUACUAUUAUUUUUAACAUUUGUAUUAUAUUAAAUUUUCAGUUUUUACCAUUAGAUAUCAGCACUGAUAUUUUUUUACCUUUUCAAGAUGCAGUAUAGCUAAAUAAUUUAACUCAAAAUUAUAAAUGUCAUUGCCAGAAUAUUGCUCAAUAUAUAUAAAGUAUAUACAUGCAUUUUGAUUUAAUUAGAGAAAGUGCAUAACUUAUUCUGAUAUUUUCAUUAUACCUGAAAAAAACGUGGAGUUCCUAUAUAUACAAAUGCUAUGAACCAUUAUGUUAUUUCACCGCAAUUUUUACUUGCCUAAUGUAUUUUUAAAAAACGUAAAAUGUGUGCAAUGUGUAUUUCCUAUGAAAAUAAUAACAUUUGUAAAAUCAAACGUCCCUACAGUUGUUAUUGAAGUUUUGUUCAUGUUCUCAUUACAAUUCAAAAUUUUGUAGUUGUACUUAAUUAUAUUAGAUAAUAUUAGAAAGAUCGAUGCUCCCCUGCUUAAAAUUUUUAUUUAAAACCUAAAAUAUUAAAAUUAUGUGGGAUAGAUUUAUUGCACUGUGAUAUUAAACGCAUGUUUGUAUAUUUUAAAAUUUUUAUUGACAAUUUUCAAUUUAAAUAUUAUUGAUUUUCUUGAUAACUGAUCGUUGAAUUCAUAUUAAUGUUUGGAAAAAAGAUUUUGGUACUGACUGAAAGUCAAUAAUUUUGACUUGAUUAAUAAUGCAUGUGCUCAAUUACUGUUGCUCAAUUUUGGAAAUGUUUUAAGGAAAAUGUUUAUUUAAAAGUAGAAAUUUGCAAAUCCCAUUGUCCGUCUUGUAACUAGUUUUUAAUUAAAAAUUUUAUUGUAUUUUUUAGAAAGAAGUAUAUUAGUUUUUUAACUAAUUCCUAUACUACAGUGAUUUACAUCUUUGAUAUUUUUUCUAAUAAAUUUUUUUGGUAUAACCCAAUAUCUUAAAAAAAUGUUUUUUAUGCAUUCUGUAUUAACGUAAGUAUUCCUAUUUGAACUUAUUUGAGAUAUAUUCAUGAUAAGUCAAUAUAUAUUUUAGAUUAAUGCAUUUUCAAAAGCACUUUCUUUCUCAUAUUACAUUCUCAAUACGAAAAUAGAACAUUUAUGAAAAUAAAAAAAAUCUUUAAUGAUCGUUUAUAAAAUAUUACAUAUGAAAAUUUUCUAUUAUCUCCUUUAAUACUUGCGCAUUUAUUAUAACUAAAUUUUAAAUAACAAUAUAUUUUCUUAUCUUUUUACUCAUUAUCAAAUAAUGAAAAAAAAAACAAUUUUUAAUGGCAUAAAUUUUUUUCUUAACGAACCACAUUUUUAAAAUAAAUGGAAAGUAUACAGUUAUGGUAAAAGUUACAUGUGCCAAAAAAAAGCAAAAUUUUUAAUAUUAAGUAUAUCACUGAUAACAUUUCCUAUUAGAACAAAAAUAAAAUGUAUGUAUUUUGCAGUUGUCUCUAAACUGGUGAUUGUAAAACAAAAUUUUGUGUUUAGCGGGAAAAAAAUCAUCAGCUUCUUAGCUAAUUAGUCAUUACAAAGGCUGUGUCAAUCCAAUAGAAAGACUGUGUUAUAGAAAGAUUAUGUCAGCCUAAUUUGAGCUGAUUGGCAUCUUUCAAGAAGUCUAGGAGGUUCAAAAAAGAAAAAAGGAGCCUCUGCUUCACAUGAUUUUAUAACCGUCAUUGAACAGCUGACCUAGUUUUGGGUUUACAACUACUGUUGUUCGACUCCGUAGCCUUGUAAUUUUGAACCCUAUCCUGAAGACAAAGAAAUUCCUGGAUCAGAAUGAGGAGACAUUUGCCUUUAUGGAGAACUUUUUUGAAGGAACUAACCUACAUUUGCGUUAUAUAGAGAGGAAAACCUUCUGCAGUUAGCCUGGCAGCGAGGGGAUUCUUAGCCAUGAUCUGUCUACAACUGAGGAUAUUUUACCUUAGAACUAUGCUGUAAUCGGUGCGAGCCAGGUGCGGAAUUCGUAGCAAACAGCCAUCGCUGGAUUUCGAACUCCGUUCACCUAAUUGAAAAUCUUUUUUUAUAAUUUAUCGAAUUAAAAUUUUAGUUUUUAAUUAAAUUGCAUGCAAGUGAUUCUUCUGCCAAUUUGAUUGUUUUGAUUUAGCGGAUUUUCGCCAUGUUGAAUAUUCGAGACUGUGGCAGAAUCGGCCACUUUUUGCUCUGAAAAUUCACCAUUUUUAUUUGUAAUAUUUUGUGAAAAACUACUAAUUUAUGAGGCUAUGUGCUGUAAUUCUCUUCUGUCAAUCGCAAAUGUAGUGGGAGGGGAAAGUCCCUCCAAGUACCACUUCAACUUCGUUACAAGCAUUAAGAAUCUCGCCUUUACCUCUAACUUCGUUAUGAACUUUAAGAAUCUCACCUAUCGCCCCUCUUCCUACUUCUCAGUAGAAUUUCUGCCUCUCGGCUGCUGUGGGGAGUUUAAUAAUAUAGAUGGAUGCCGUGCACUAACGUACCUGUGAAAAUUCUUAAAUUUUGCAAGUACUUUUUUUUAAAUUAAAAACAAUAAUUUUCAAUUUUCUUAUAAUUUUCUUAAAGGCAUUUUUAUUUAGUCAUUUUUUUAUUAUUUAAGAAUGAUCUAAAUUUGUGUGACGAAGAAAAGAAUAUCAUAUUAUGAUUUUGCAUGUACUUUUGUGUACAGAUAUUUUUUUUAUCUUACUCUACAUGUAACAUAUUUAACCUAAUAAAUAAAUAUGACAAAAUUUACAGAAAAUUGUCAACUAUUUUCCUGUUUUACCAGCAACAUGUAUGUCAAAUUGAUUUAUAAAACAGUAGAUAAAACACAGUAUAAAGGAAUCGUAUUAAUUGACCUAGUUACAUCAUGUUUUUAGUAUCUAUUGGAAUACAUGUCACAACAUGUUAUUCGUCAUCGAGAAAUCAAUCAUAUUUUGUAAUCAAGUUAAAACUUAUAAAUCUUUAUUAAAUUGUAAUCAAGUGUGAAUUGUUUUUAAUGAAAUUACUCAUAUCAAUUUCAUGAGUAUUUUCAAUCCAUGCUUCCUCUAUGUAUAUUCAAUUUGUAUUAUCACAGUCUAUUGGACAAAUAUACUUUGUAAACUAAAAUUUAAGGAAAAAAUGCAUCUGAAUAUUUGUUAUUUUAUGCUAAUAAAAUUUUACGGAUCACAUA